AAACUCCUGAGUGCUGAGAUUCCCAGGAUCCAAGAUUCUGACUGUCAAGUCCCAAGCUUCUUGGAGUUGCCACGGUGCCUUUCCCGAGCAGGGUGGCCACACACAGCCAUGCCUGGAGCAGGGUGUGGGCCCCCGCCAGUGGCCUGCCCCUCCACAGCCUGGGUGGGGCCCUGGUGGAGCAACCUGGUUUUAGGGUAAAAGACAGGAAACAGGCUGUAUCUGACCCACUCCGUUAGGCAAGCAGGAAGACAGGACGUGGCAGCUCUCUGCCCCUCCCUCACGGCCCCUCUCCUGUGGUGCCAUGCCUCUGCAAGUCCUCCUGCUUUUGAUUUUGCUGGGUCCUGGCAGCGGCCUCCAGCUGUGGGAGCUAGAGAAGGAUGGAGCCCAGGAGGCCUCAGACGCCCCUCUUGCCCGGGUCCAGAGACAAGUGGAUGAGGACCAAGAAGUGGACUUGUAUGACUAUGUCAUAGAAGGCACAGAGCCUCCAGAAAUGCUUACACAUGAACCUGGGUCUUUGGCCCUGACCCCUAACAUUCUGGCUCAGUUGGCAACACUGGGGCAUGGAACUCCUGAGCCAGCUACUCUGGAGGCGGCCACACGGGACUCUGCUGGCCUGAACGCAGGAGGGGUGGCCCUGGGGACUCUGAGCAUGGAAGUGACCACACAGGUGAUUCCUGUCACACCGGACGUGCUGACCAAAGAACCGGCCACUACAUUACCUCCCAUCACAGAGUCUCCAUCCACAGAGGGAGCUCCAUCCACAGAGCUGGCCACCACUGAGGCCCCGUCCACAGACCCAGCAGCCACAGAGGCACCGACCACGCAACCCGUGGCCACAGAGGCCCCGUCCAUGGAGUCUACUGUCAUGGAGACCCUGUCCACGGGGCCAGAAGCCACGGACGCCCUGUCCACGGAGCCCACUGCCACAGAGGCCCUGUCCAUGGAGUCUACUGUCAUGGAGACCCUGUCCACGGGGCCAGAAGCCACAGAUGCCCUGUCCACGGAGCCCACUGGCACAGAGGCCCCGUCCACAGAUCCAGCCACCACGAAGUUCCCGUCCACAGGACCUGCCACCAUAGGGCACCUAACCACAGUCCUUCUUGUGACCUCUGAUCCUCAAAACAGCACCACUGUGACAGGAGGCAAUUUGCUUGAUGUCCUCACCAAACGAUGGGAAAAUAGGCAGCAUCUGUCCCCACAGAGCUCUGUGGCCCCCAUCCCUGCAGGGGCCCCGGACCACAUCCCCGUGAAGCAGUGCUUGCUGGCCAUCCUCAUCCUGGCCUUGGUAGCCACGACCUUCCUCGUGUGCACAGUGGUGCUGGCCGUCCGCCUCUCCCGCAAGAAUCACAUGUACCCAGUGCGCAAUUAUUCCCCCACCGAGAUGGUCUGCAUCUCAUCCCUGCUGCCCGAGGGGGGCGAAGUGCCCACGGCCACGGCCAAUGGGGGCCUGACCAAUGCCAAGAGCCAGGGUCUAAAGGUGGAGCCCAGGGAGGGCAGAGAUGGGGACGACCUCACCUUGCAGAGCUUCCUCCCUUAACUCCUCCGUGCGUCCACGUGAGCAGGACCCUGGUCUCCUCGCUCUCUCCAAGGCCCGCCAGGCCACAACCGAGCACCCAGGCUCUGUUCCAGGUCUGGGUUUCCUUGGGGCCCCCUGGGGAUGGGGACCUUCAGAACAGGGCCCCUGGUUGGCCCACAGGGCCGAAAGCGGCUGAAUUCUUGCAGCCAAAGCAGGAUUGGUGAGCCAGCCGCCUUGUCCUCCCUCCUGCCUCCAGAGGAGGCUGGGCCUCCACCUCCCUGUCUCCCACCUAUCUGGGCUCCCUCUAAUGCCUCCCACUGCUGAGGUUGCAUCCCCAUGCGCCCAGGGAAGACCCAGUCUUCUGGUUGCUGUCACUGUAUAGGAAGGGGGCAUUUGGGGGAGGAGUGCCGGGUUCCUGAGGCCAUUCCUGGUCACCCCCCAACUUGGGGGCGGCUUGGGUUUUCUUGGGCGUUUCCCCAGCGAGCCCAGGGUGAGAUCCUGGCCUGUGAGGUCUGGGGUAUACUUAGAGAGCCCAGGGCUAUACCCUUCUUUGGGGCUGUGUGGACCAACGAGCUUCUUCCUGGGGACAGAGUAACCCCUAUUCUGCCCUCUCUCGUCUGCCCCUAUGCCUACAUUUUAGGGAGGGCUCUGUCUUCUUCACUGAAGUAUCCCACCCCCCAGCCCAGGGCCUGGUACAGCACAGGCCUUUAAUAAAUAUUUGAUAAACAAAUGAUGGCUGAAUGUUUCAGGGUAUCAGGAGGGUGCCUCCUUCUGGUGGAGAGUUGGUCCUUUGCUGUUCACCCCCAGCCCCAGCCCCCUCCAGGAAGCACCCUGUACAGGCCUAAAGUUGACUUCAGUGUUGUCUCUUGGACACUGGGAGCAUCUUGGUACAUCUUUGGGCAGCUGGGGAAGGUUUUAGGCUUUUGUGGGGAGAGGGAGGCUGGUCCCCGAAUCCACGUUAUUCAACAUCCCCCAUGACCCAGUUCUAACCUACAGAAUUUGGUGCCCCCCGCCCACCAAAUCUCAGACAAAUAUGCCCUCUCAACGUCAGGGCCAUCCUCCCCGGGAACCCACCUUGACCUCUGCCUUCUACAGGGGGCCUGUCUCCCAUCAAACACGCCCUCCUCACAGGGCUGAGCACAGCUGCAAGCUAUAAGGUUUUUGUACAAAGUUUGGGGCCAGCAAACUUUCUCUUAAAUGGCCAGACCAAAAAUAUUUUACGUCUUGCAGACCACGUGGUCUCAGCUACAACUUCUCAACCUCAUCCUCGGUCCUCGCAGAUGGGAUGUGGUGAUGGACAACAUGUCACAGAUGAAUGGGGUUGGCUGGGUUCUAAUAAAACUUUAUCUACAAACAGACGGCAGGCUCUGUGUUUGCUGACCCCUGAUUUAAGCACUGGGCGAGCAGAUGGCCCGGUUUGUGUGGGACUUUGUGAGUUUAGCACUAGGAGCCCCAUUUGGGGGCAACUCCGCAGGCCCAGCAAAUCGGGACGGUUGGCUGCCCUAUUCAAGCAACGCUCACCAUGUCCCUGCAUUACCACGUUCGGACCCACGCUGAUCCCACGCCAAAGCUUUGACAGUGGCUGAGCCCGGAUUCAGACCUGGGAUCUGCCUCCUGAAGCUUUUCUGUCCCUUGGGUACCGGGAGAAGGAGCUGCUGCUACAAGCGCUCUGUUCUACCUUUUGGGAGAGGAAUACGCCUCAUCUUGGUGGGCUUUUUCUCUUCUAGAAAAAUACCUCCCGGGGCGCCUGGGUGGCUCAGUUGGUUAAGCGACUGCCUUCGGCUCAGGUCAUGAUCCUGGAGUCCCGGGA